AUGACAAGGGAACCUGCAAUUGCACUACACAUAACAACCCUAAGUCCUUCAUGGCUAGACCCCAUCACCAACUACCUAGAACACGGCCAAGUCCCUGGUGACGAAAAGGAUGCGGUGAAAUUAAGGAGAGAAGCGGCCAAAUACGCCGUCAUCCAAGGACAGCUGUUCAAAAGGGCUCAGCCACCCCUACUGAAGUGCCUACACCCCGACCAAACGGACUAUGUCCUCAGGGAAGUCCACGAGGGCUGCUGUGGGCACCACAUCGGAGGAAAAGCCCUAGCGAGGAAGUUGAUCCGAGCUGGGUACUACUGGCCGUCGAUGAUGGCAGAUUCCAAAGAGUUUGUCAAAAAGUGCAUAAAGUGCCAACAGAACGCCAACUUUGCCAAGGCACCGGCAAACGAGUUGAGCUUGCUGACGACCUCCCGGCCAUUCGCUCAGUGGAAUCGACCUCUUAGGGCCCUUCCCUGUCGGCCCUGGGCAGGUCAAAUAUCUCAUAGUGGCAAUUGA